AUGCAGGUCGACUUCAAGUGGCAGGCGCGCCGCAACCAGAGAGAGCAGGACAUGGCUCAUGCAGGUCGACUUCAAGUGGCAGGCGCGGCGCAACCAGAGAGAGCAGGACAGCUAGUCCGCGACCCCCGCACAGGUGAGACAGCUAUACCGCUCCCGCGGCCAGCAGUGGCUCAUGCAGGUCGACUUCAAGUGGCAGGUGCGCCGCAACCAGAGAGAGCAGGACAGCUAGUCCGCGACCCCCGCACAGGUGAGACAGCUAUACCGCUCCCGCGGCCAGCAGUGGCUCAUGCAGGUCGACUUCAAGUGGCAGGCGCGCCGCAACCAGAGAGAGCAGGACAGCUAGUCCGCGACCCCCGCACAGGUGAGACAGCUAUACCGCUCCCGCGGCCAGCAGUGGCUCAUGCAGGUCGACUUCAAGUGGCAGGCGCGCCGCAACCAGAGAGAGCAGGACAGCUAGUCCGCGACCCCCGCACAGGUGAGACAGCUAUACCGCUCCCGCGGCCAGCAGUGGCUCAUGCAGGUCGACUUCAAGUGGCAGGCGCGCCGCAACCAGAGAGAGCAGGACAGCUAGUCCGCGACCCCCGCACAGGUGAGACAGCUAUACCGCUCCCGCGGCCAGCAGUGGCUCAUGCAGGUCGACUUCAAGUGGCAGGCGCGGCGCAACCAGAGAGAGCAGGACAGCUAGUCCGCGACCCCCGCACAGGUGAGACAGCUAUACCGCUCCCGCGGCCAGCAGUGGCUCAUGCAGGUCGACUUCAAGUGGCAGGCGCGGCGCAACCAGAGAGAGCAGGACAGCUAGUCCGCGACCCCCGCACAGGUGAGACAGCUAUACCGCUCCCGCGGCCAGCAGUGGCUCAUGCAGGUCGACUUCAAGUGGCAGGCGCGGCGCAACCAGAGAGAGCAGGACAGCUAGUCCGCGACCCCCGCACAGGUGAGACAGCUAUACCGCUCCCGCGGCCAGCAGUGGCUCAUGCAGGUCGACUUCAAGUGGCAGGCGCGGCGCAACCAGAGAGAGCAGGACAGCUAGUCCGCGACCCCCGCACAGGUGAGACAGCUAUACCGCUCCCGCGGCCAGCAGUGGCUCAUGCAGGUCGACUUCAAGUGGCAGGCGCGCCGCAACCAGAGAGAGCAGGACAGCUAGUCCGCGACCCCCGCACAGGUGAGACAGCUAUACCGCUCCCGCGGCCAGCAGUGGCUCAUGCAGGUCGACUUCAAGUGGCAGGCGCGGCGCAACCAGAGAGAGCAGGACAGCUAGUCCGCGACCCCCGCACAGGUGAGACAGCUAUACCGCUCCCGCGGCCAGCAGUGGCUCAUGCAGGUCGACUUCAAGUGGCAGGCGCGGCGCAACCAGAGAGAGCAGGACAGCUAGUCCGCGACCCCCGCACAGGUGAGACAGCUAUACCGCUCCCGCGGCCAGCAGUGGCUCAUGCAGGUCGACUUCAAGUGGCAGGCGCGGCGCAACCAGAGAGAGCAGGACAGCUAGUCCGCGACCCCCGCACAGGUGAGACAGCUAUACCGCUCCCGCGGCCAGCAGUGGCUCAUGCAGGUCGACUUCAAGUGGCAGGCGCGGCGCAACCAGAGAGAGCAGGACAGCUAGUCCGCGACCCCCGCACAGGUGAGACAGCUAUACCGCUCCCGCGGCCAGCAGUGGCUCAUGCAGGUCGACUUCAAGUGGCAGGCGCGCCGCAACCAGAGAGAGCAGGACAGCUAGUCCGCGACCCCCGCACAGGUGAGACAGCUAUACCGCUCCCGCGGCCAGCAGUGGCUCAUGCAGGUCGACUUCAAGUGGCAGGCGCGGCGCAACCAGAGAGAGCAGGACAGCUAGUCCGCGACCCCCGCACAGGUGAGACAGCUAUACCGCUCCCGCGGCCAGCAGUGGCUCAUGCAGGUCGACUUCAAGUGGCAGGCGCGGCGCAACCAGAGAGAGCAGGACAGCUAGUCCGCGACCCCCGCACAGGUGAGACAGCUAUACCGCUCCCGCGGCCAGCAGUGGCUCAUGCAGGUCGACUUCAAGUGGCAGGCGCGCCGCAACCAGAGAGAGCAGGACAGCUAGUCCGCGACCCCCGCACAGGUGAGACAGCUAUACCGCUCCCGCGGCCAGCAGUGGCUCAUGCAGGUCGACUUCAAGUGGCAGGCGCGGCGCAACCAGAGAGAGCAGGACAGCUAGUCCGCGACCCCCGCACAGGUGAGACAGCUAUACCGCUCCCGCGGCCAGCAGUGGCUCAUGCAGGUCGACUUCAAGUGGCAGGCGCGCCGCAACCAGAGAGAGCAGGACAGCUAGUCCGCGACCCCCGCACAGGUGAGACAGCUAUACCGCUCCCGCGGCCAGCAGUGGCUCAUGCAGGUCGACUUCAAGUGGCAGGCGCGGCGCAACCAGAGAGAGCAGGACAGCUAGUCCGCGACCCCCGCACAGGUGAGACAGCUAUACCGCUCCCGCGGCCAGCAGUGGCUCAUGCAGGUCGACUUCAAGUGGCAGGCGCGGCGCAACCAGAGAGAGCAGGACAGCUAGUCCGCGACCCCCGCACAGGUGAGACAGCUAUACCGCUCCCGCGGCCAGCAGUGGCUCAUGCAGGUCGACUUCAAGUGGCAGGCGCGCCGCAACCAGAGAGAGCAGGACAGCUAGUCCGCGACCCCCGCACAGGUGAGACAGCUAUACCGCUCCCGCGGCCAGCAGUGGCUCAUGCAGGUCGACUUCAAGUGGCAGGCGCGGCGCAACCAGAGAGAGCAGGACAGCUAGUCCGCGACCCCCGCACAGGUGAGACAGCUAUACCGCUCCCGCGGCCAGCAGUGGCUCAUGCAGGUCGACUUCAAGUGGCAGGCGCGGCGCAACCAGAGAGAGCAGGACAGCUAGUCCGCGACCCCCGCACAGGUGAGACAGCUAUACCGCUCCCGCGGCCAGCAGUGGCUCAUGCAGGUCGACUUCAAGUGGCAGGCGCGGCGCAACCAGAGAGAGCAGGACAGCUAGUCCGCGACCCCCGCACAGGUGAGACAGCUAUACCGCUCCCGCGGCCAGCAGUGGCUCAUGCAGGUCGACUUCAAGUGGCAGGCGCGCCGCAACCAGAGAGAGCAGGACAGCUAGUCCGCGACCCCCGCACAGGUGAGACAGCUAUACCGCUCCCGCGGCCAGCAGUGGCUCAUGCAGGUCGACUUCAAGUGGCAGGCGCGGCGCAACCAGAGAGAGCAGGACAGCUAGUCCGCGACCCCCGCACAGGUGAGACAGCUAUACCGCUCCCGCGGCCAGCAGUGGCUCAUGCAGGUCGACUUCAAGUGGCAGGCGCGCCGCAACCAGAGAGAGCAGGACAGCUAGUCCGCGACCCCCGCACAGGUGAGACAGCUAUACCGCUCCCGCGGCCAGCAGUGGCUCAUGCAGGUCGACUUCAAGUGGCAGGCGCGGCGCAACCAGAGAGAGCAGGACAGCUAGUCCGCGACCCCCGCACAGGUGAGACAGCUAUACCGCUCCCGCGGCCAGCAGUGGCUCAUGCAGGUCGACUUCAAGUGGCAGGCGCGGCGCAACCAGAGAGAGCAGGACAGCUAGUCCGCGACCCCCGCACAGGUGAGACAGCUAUACCGCUCCCGCGGCCAGCAGUGGCUCAUGCAGGUCGACUUCAAGUGGCAGGCGCGCCGCAACCAGAGAGAGCAGGACAGCUAGUCCGCGACCCCCGCACAGGUGAGACAGCUAUACCGCUCCCGCGGCCAGCAGUGGUUCAUGCAGGUCGACUUCAAGUGGCAGGCGCGGCGCAACCAGAGAGAGCAGGACAGCUAGUCCGCGACCCCCGCACAGGUGAGACAGCUAUACCGCUCCCGCGGCCAGCAGUGGCUCAUGCAGGUCGACUUCAAGUGGCAGGCGCGGCGCAACCAGAGAGAGCAGGACAGCUAGUCCGCGACCCCCGCACAGGUGAGACAGCUAUACCGCUCCCGCGGCCAGCAGUGGCUCAUGUGAGACAGCUAUACCGCUCCCGCGGCCAGCAGUGGCUCAUGCAGGUCGACUUCAAGUGGCAGGCGCGGCGCAACCAGAGAGAGCAGGACAGCUAG